CCAAGUAAGCACAGCUCCUGUUGCUUGUGUACUAAACUUUGCUUGGUGACCACUGCGUAUUGACGCGCUGUGUAAUCGGCCUGCUGCAGCCGUGGUCUCCAUCGCCCGGUGCGGGAUCGACUGGCAUCAUUUUUAGCGUUCUAUACACAGCAGCAGUAGCGAGCGAGGGAGAUGUCUGAGGGCGAAGCGUACGAUCCGGCCGCUGCGGCUGUCCCAGCCGGAGGCAGGGGCGAUGGGGGUGGAAGAGGAAGGGGGAGGGGGCGAGGACGGGGUGGCGGAGGCGUCGCCAUCGCAGGGAUCGCGGAGCUUGAUGCCAGCAUGGGCCGGGGAGCGCCUGUUCCUCCCGCUGGCGGAGGUGGCAAGCCUCUCCCCAAGAAGGAGCAGAAGGACUUCAGAGGACCGGCGGGGCUGUUCAAGAAGGGCGACUGGACGUGCACCGCGUGCGGCAACGUCAACUGGGAGCGCCGGGCGACCUGCAACAAGUGUAACAACCCGAAGCCUAACCUUGCAGCCACGGAUGAGGCUCGAGAGGGGCUCGGCGGUGGCUUCAACGAGCGCCAGGACCGGGCGUCUGUUGCGACGGUGGAGGUCGACGAGGAUGGCUUCGACGACUUCGGCCGGAAGAAGAUCAAGGCUCGCGUCGACAAGAAGGCCAAGGAGGAUGCAGCUCUGGCACGCCUCCACAAGUCGUUCGGAGGUGGGAUCCUGGGCGGGACCAGCCUGGCCCCCGUCGGCAAACCUCCGGUGCCGGGGCAGUUCGACGAUGCGUUGCCCGCCCCAUCCGUGACCACGUAUGAUAAGUUCGGACGCCCCAGGCUUGCGGGCGGCGGGCGCAACGGCGGCGGCGGCGGCGACAAUGGGGUUUCGACGGCGGCGACGACGAGUGGAGGAGACAGGGACGGGCGAGGGGGAGACCAUAGAGACGGGGACAGACGGGACAGCCGAGACAAGGACAGACGAAGGGGAGCGAGAAGCAGGAGCAGGAGCAGGAGCAGGAGCCGAGAGAGGAGCAGCAGAGACGACAAGGAUAGGUCGAGACGGAGGCGGAGUCGCUCAAGGAGCCGCGACCGUGACCGUCGUCGCUGACCAAUCAAAGGCCAGACACACAUCGCCAUACAUAAUUCAUGGUGGUCACACUGUCGCGUUUCUACUGGAGCCGGCCGGCUAUCAGGGCUGGUGGACUGAUUAGUGGCAAUCACAGCAACGAUAUUGGGCUGCUGUCAGUAUCCCGCAGAUUGGCAUGGCGGAUUCGGCAUGCACACCGGCAGAUUGCUUGUGUUGAACCCACCGUCAGAUUCAUGUGUCGGCACUGAGCGGGCGCGUCGAUACGGUGCAGGGCACCGUACUACGCAUCCCCAUGGCUGGAAUUUUGCGCGCAGUGUAUGAACAGCGGCGGAAGAUGCGCUAGGUUCUUUUGCGAGGGGCAAUUUUUCGCGGUUGGCGGGAUGGAGGAUGGAGGCGUUUUCGGUUUUGGCAAGAGCGAACAAAGAUCGUGCGAGGAGAACAUGGAUC